CUGUCUUUGUCAUAGUACCGGGAUUGGUUGUCGUAGUUCUCUUCUCUACCUACAAACUUCUCUGAAUUAUUAUUGAUAUUUGUUCAUUGAUUGUCUUAUUAAUUUAAUUUAUUUUUUAUAUUUUUUGCUACAUAUAUAUGUGUUUUCAUCCUAAUUUUAUCUUAAUUGUUAUAUACAAAUCCAAGUUUUUUUUUCUUUUAUUGAAGCGUAAUCUGAAAACUACUACAACUUAAUAAACUUGUUGCUUUCGAAACAUUUAAUUAAGAAAAAAUAUCUAUCAGAAAAUAAAUUAAUGACUUUCAUCACGUAAGUGCAUCGUGUAUAUAUCUGAAAUGUCUUCAAUUGAUUUUGAUCCUGCAAUUAAGCUCUGCCUUAAGUACUUGCAUUCAAGUUCUCCAGAUUCUACGGAACAGUUAAGGUUAACUCUAGAUGACUGUAUUCGUCAAACAUAUGGUAGCGCUAAAACUCUCGGCAAUGUGCUGCCUAAAAAAUACCUGGCUGAAGAGAAAAUGGAAUCCACUAGGUCAAAGCAUAAGAGUGAUAAGAGUACCAGUAGUAAAACUAUACCAAUCCCACAACAAAGUCCACAACAGAUACAAAUACCUGAGCGGGAGAAUGAUGAUGGGACAGUAAUGGAUGGCGAGUUGGCCUUUGAUUUGUUGGAGGAGGAUUUAACUUGUGUGGUGUGUAGACAAAUAGCUGUACAGGCUGGAAAUCGUUUAGUGGAGUGUGAUGCUUGCCAUUCUUUAUAUCACCAGGAUUGUCACAAACCUGUUAUUAGUGAUAAUGAUAUGAGUGUUGGAUGGCAGUGUGCUUCAUGUUUAACAUCUCAAAGUUUUGCAGUUGGAUUUCCAACUAAAACAACAUCAACCUCUAAGUCACCAACAAGAAUAUCUGGUUCUACUACACCAGUAAAAAUAUCUUCUUCAAGUUCAUCAUCGUCUUCACCUUCUAAAGUUGUCACACCCAGUAUUAACAUUAUAUCUGCUGAUAAACGCUUGCAAAUUAUGAAAAAGAAAGCAGCCAAACAGCAUGAAAAGAAGAAAAGCUCAAAAUAAAUGCUGUUGUUAUGAAACAACAACAAUAUUUGUAUUUUCAAAUAAUUUCAAUUUCAAAGAAAUAAAUUGUGAUAUGUAAUA